UUUAUUUUUUUUUUUGGUCUUUCAACAACCUACCUAUAAGCCAUGAAGCCCAAAAUUGGCCAAUCCAAGCUUGCGAUCCUAAAGCAUGCCCCAAGUGUACACCGCAAGCGCCGUCCUAUUGACCUCCAUAAUAAGCAGGACAAUGCGCCUCUGAGUGAACCCAACUUGAACUCUGGGUUUGGUACCCGUUUCGGUAGAAACAGCAGUGACAGUAAUGUGGCGUUACUUCGCCGAACUGCCACCCCUAAGCAUGGCCAUGGCCAUAGUCAUCCACCACCAUUUCUUCGUCGCCAAAUCACUCGUCAAAAAUCCUUCAUGGAAUUGGACUCACUCCCAUCCAUGCGAGCUCUUCGUCGAGAGCCAUCCAUGAUGGAAUUGGAUCCUCCUCCCACGCUGUUUGCGCCUGCACCUCAGCCAUCCAACUUCAUGCCAGGUCCCUGGGCAUUUUUCCAAGCAGCUGAAGCACAGCGCGAGCAACGACAAGCGCAACUAGAAUUCUUGACUCGAUUACAGGAAUUAAGAGUGAGGGAUGAACAAACGUUCGUAAGAUUGAUGAGUGGUUUUGCAAAGGAAUGUCCUAUUCAAUUUGCACAGUUGACAGGGUUUAUGAAACGUAUGGAGAUGGAAAUGGAAAUGGAUGUAACCCCACCGAGUCCUUUUGACACUCAUUAUCACCAGCAACAACAAAUUUCAGGCGGCUUGGGGAGCAGAGCAACGAACAGCUGGGGUCAGCAUGGGACCAAGAUGAGUCUCUUAGCAUUGGCUCAAGCCUUUGGCAACCAAAUCGAUGCCGGUCUGACUCAUCGUGAUCAAUUUCAGCGAGACCAGAAGGAACAAUUAAGGCAACAGCAAAAGUCCUGUGGACAUGGCAAUCAAAAUUGGAAUGGCAAAGGUAUCCGAAAUGGAUACUCUGGUAAUAACAAGUCGAAUAAUCGCGGCAAUGGGGCACCCAAUGUCCCAUCUCUGAGGCGCGGCAAAACCUUUCAACAACACCAGCAUGCGUUACAGCAGCUUACAGCGUAUCAACGACACCUAUAUGAACAAAUUCGACAAAUGCAUCAACAAAGGCAAGGAGAUCCGUCCAUAACUUUCAAUUCCAGUGAGUCAGUCCCUAUGGCCUAUGAGCUCAUGCAAUAUGCAGCUAUGUUAGCGAACAACGGAAACCCAAGUACAUUGCCGCCUCUGUUUACAAAUAUCUCCUCUCCGAUGUCGACUUUGAGCUCGCCUGGACUAACAUCUCCAAUCUCGCCUAUAGGUGUUAGAAGCCUACUGGCUCAGAUGCAACACCACGGACAACAGCAACAAGGAGGUCUUCAUCAAGGACAAAUGCAACAUCCUGAUCCUUUGGAACUGACAGCUUUGAACGUCCAAAUGAAUAUGGGAUCAUCACGUAGAUCACGAUAUAAGCCGCCACCACUUCGAUCACAUUAACUUUACAAUUGAUUGCUACAUGAUGUAUAGUUUAUAGCAACCUCUUAUAUUUCUUGUCUUCACACAAAAUCUCAAUCUUGAAGAGGUCCUCUCUUGUGAUUCAUAAGCGAAUAACGAAGUAAAAACUGAGCUACUAUCUUAGGCUUGAA